CGUAUACCCACUCGCUGAGUUUGUUCUCCUAAAUCCCUAGCUCGUCUUUUCCACCGAAUCCCUUCUUCCGGCGCCGUCCUUCAAUCCAUCCGUCUACGCCAUGGCGACCGACAACAACUGCACUUCGGAAUCGGAUAUGCCAACACGAGUACUCCUUGGCCGUUGCAGAAAACAACCACGAAUCGGUUCAAAAGCAACAAGCCCUCCUCCCACCACGAUGAUCGGCAAACUCGGAGACGAUCUCCUCGUAGAGAUUCUAGUUCGCAGCUUCCCCGAUCCCAAAUCUGCCUUUCGCUGCAAAGCCGUCUGUAAGCGCUGGAACUCCCUGAUUUUGAGUCCCUGCUUCAAUCGCCGUAUGGUUUCUCACCAUCAGAACGUGAAGCUGCACCCCAAGGAGCUGCAAUCUGCCAUCCUCAACCUUCUGCCUCCCAUGCCCAGUAGAGUUGGAGGCAGUCUGAAAGUCUUGGAUUGCUACAAGGACUUGGUUUUAUGCGGGUUUUGGGAUGUAAAUGGGGACAAUGGGGAACAUAGCAGGUCUUACUUAAUCUGCAAUCCGUUUACCAAGCAGUGGGUCGCUCUUCCUUUAGCCCCCAGGAAGCUAGAUGGGUAUUUAUCACCGGUGACAAGUGGGGAGUUUUUCUGGACGCACACGAAAUUCUGUCGAGAAAAUGCGGCCAACCCUGUGAAAUUGGUCGCUGGGUUCAAUCCUUUCCGCCUUGAUAUACCUCCCGCUUGCAUUGAUACUACCACAUUCGCGUCAGAAGAUAUGUGGGCAACUUCGAGUUCACAAGGUGCUCUUCAUGUAAUUUCAUACCAAACCAAAACUGAUCCUCGCCGUGUAAUCGUUUGGAGACUAGAAGAAGACCGUAAAUCUUGGAGGAAACAAUAUGAAGGGUUGGUGAAGAACCCAAGGUGCUGUAGCUAUGAAGCUAAGGAGGAAUCCUUUCGACCUUUUCUGCAUCCACAUAAACCAGAGAUUGUCUUCUUCCAGUGUGGUGCUUGUGGUAGUACUUUAUGGUCCUGCGAUUUGAGAAGGGAAGAGUUGGAGUUAUACGCUAAAGUGGAAGAUGUGGAUGGUAGUCAUUCUUAUGCUAAGGUGUUUGGGCCUAGGUUCUCUUGCUGGCCGACACCAAUUCCAAGAUACAAGGAGUUGCUAGGCAUGUACAAUGGAAGCUACAGUUUUUGGGCUCAGGGCAGCAGUGAAGCAAGAUCUCCAUCCCUCGAUAAUUGGUGAUUACUUAUGCUUGUACAUUUACUUUCUUUUCUGCUAUUUUUACAAUUUUGUUUGCUUUUGUAAUUUAUCAAUGUUGUCAAAUCGAUUCCAUUCGGAGCUUAUUCAGCACCCUAAAACAAUAACAACAAAGCCAAACCUGAUUUAAAUUAGGAGAAAUACAGAUAGUUGCCUACUGCCACAAACUUCAGGUAACUGUACCCUAUCAUCUUUGCCAUAUAGGUGGCGUAACUUUAAUCCUAAGUAGUCUUGCUGCUGAUUCGAUUAUCUGGACGAACCUAGACCUCUUUGAUCCUUUAGCUUGUCUUCUUUGGUGAACUUCUGGGUGGAAAUCAACCUUUUUCCUGCUCGUGCUCCAAGUCUAGGAAAAAGUGGUGGAAGAACUCCCAAGAACCAUUUUUUUCUUUCUUUCAGACUCAAUAGGCAUCCAUGUGAGAAACACAAGCAGAUAACAGUCAGUAUCUUCGAGUUGCUGCUUUGUUUUACCUCCAAAUAGACUUUGCUUUGCUCCCAAACAAACUCAGAUAUUGGUAUGCUUGGAGCCAAUUAUUGUCCUACACAAAAAAACGAAUAUAUCAAACAUAAAACUGGCAGAACCGUUGACCUUGAAUUAAAAUGGCUCAACAAAUGCGGGCUGGUGUCUGGGGAAAUAUGUAUAAAUACUGAGUGAUGAAACACCUUCAAAAGCAAACAUUGCUUUAUCAUACAGGUUUCAGAAACUGAAGCCAUUUAUCCCUAACAGAUCCUGUUUUACGAGUGUAGAAAUAGAUAGAUAGAUAGAUAGAUUGGAAGGCCAGUCCCGGUUAACAACCAUGGAGUUUACUAAUGAGAUAUCAUAUCUCACAAAGAACAGAGAAAAAAGCAUCUUUCAACAGGAUAAUGGGUGCACUUUUAGGAUCGCUAACUUACGAGUGCUUCCUCACUUCACUGCAGCUCGUCUGGUUUCUAUUUCGUUUGGGUUGCAAACUCACUGCCUACUCUUUUAAGUUGGCCAUUAUGAUAUAUGCACAUGGACGUUGAUUGCGUUUUCUUUCAUUUCUUUCUAUUGCCUGGUUUCUAGUCCUAUAUUUUCAUCUAAUUUCUGUUGUGCUAUAAAGCAGUACGACAAUGCCAUUAGAAUAAGAAAUAUCUUAUAUAAUAUACUCCAGUCCAAGCAGAUGUAGGCCUAAUCCGUCUUGGAAUGCUUUUGAUCUAGCCACGUGUCGAUGAUGACAAAGGAGUGUUCGACCCUCCCUCCGCAUUUAGCAUGGUUGUCAUGCCGGUGGCACUUUGGUAUAGUCCUAGUAGAUGUACCAAAAGGUCCAAUGACUUCGAAUUCAAUGAGUUCACCUUGAUGUUUGUAGAAUAUAUCAAACUUUGAUAAUAAAGCUUAUUGCCUCUUUUCAACUUGUCCCAUUUCAACCAUCAUGCCCGGAUCCAAACUCGAACAACAAAAUUUGCACUACAAUCAUUUCUUCCAUCGAAUUAAUUGAGAAUUGAUAUUUAAGGCUUGCCACUGCUAAUCUCAACCAAUUCACUCCAAACUACCUUUUCAAAUAUAAUUGUAUCGCGAUGAGUUUUUUUAGUAGAAGAAUUAUCCCGAACAAAAUGUGGUGUCUACAAUUGCCCCCAUUGCCCCCUUAAAGUUCUGAGAAAACAUCACAUUUUGAAAUCUUAGAAGUAGAAAUCAGUGGCGGACCUAAGGCAAGGGAGGGUGUGUCGUCCGACACACCCUCGCUCGAGAAUUUUGUGAAGAACCUACAUAUUUUUGGUACAAAAUUUUUUAUUUCGAGAUAGUCGACACACCUUCAAAUAUUAUAGCCGACACACCUUCAUUAUACUCGAAGAAUUUAUUAUCCGAAUGAAUCAAUCUUAAUCAU